GAUUAUGGUGGAAGUGAGUCGAUGUAGACAGUUUUGACAUCUGAAAAAGCCGUCUCCCUGCUUAUUCCACUCAUUAAUAAUCCCGAUUCAGCAGUUGGUGUCUGUCAGUGUGUUGGAUUUGCCUAAUGCCAGGCUCGCAGCGAAUUACCUGAAGUUUGAUACACAAAGCAUCUGUCUCUGCUCUUUGCCUUGUCAAACUCAUGGCUAUAUUCAUGACAUUAUAUUAGUAUUUCUUGUGGUUCAUCAUGAGUUCUGGCAAGCAUCCAGGACAGUUUUACACAGAAGUAGUGGGAGAUUCCACAUUCACAAUUUUACGGCGCUACCAAAAUUUGCGACCCAUUGGAUCGGGAGCUCAGGGUAUUGUAUGUGCUGCUCUAGAUUUAAGCACCUCCACUCAUGUGGCCAUAAAGAAACUCAGCCGGCCAUUCCAAAAUGUAACCCAUGCUAAAAGAGCCUACAGAGAGUUUGUGCUGAUGAAGUUGGUCAACCACAAGAAUAUUAUAGGACUGUUGAAUGCGUUUACCCCUCAGACGUCCCUUAAAGAAUUUCAAGAUGUAUACCUUGUUAUGGAAUUAAUGGAUGCAAAUUUAUGCCAAGUUAUCCAGAUGGACUUGGACCAUGAGAGGAUGUCCUAUCUUUUGUAUCAGAUGUUGUGUGGUAUCAAACAUUUGCAUGCAGCUGGUAUUAUUCACAGGGAUUUGAAGCCCAGUAAUAUAGUUGUGAAGUCUGACUGCACCCUGAAGAUCCUAGACUUUGGUCUCGCCAGGACAGCGGGAACAGGGUUCCAGAUGACCCCAUAUGUGGUCACACGUUAUUACAGGGCUCCAGAGGUCAUUCUGGGCAUGGGAUACAAGGAAAAUGUGGAUAUAUGGUCAGUAGGUUGUAUUAUGGCGGAGCUCAUACGUGGAGGAGUGAUGUUCCCAGGCUCAGACCACAUUGACCAAUGGAACAAGAUCAUAGUGCAGCUAGGUACACCAUCUCAGGAUUUCAUGCAGAGAUUACAGCCUAUGGUGAGGAACUACGUAGAGAAUCGUCCUCGCUAUGCUGGCUACAGCUUUGAGAAUCUCUUCCCAGACUGCCUAUUUCCCCCGAAUAGCUCAGAGCAUGCUGGCCUGUGUGCUGAAAUGGCCAGGGAGCUCCUCUCCAAAAUGCUGGUCAUUGACCCUGAGAAGAGGAUAUCCGUGGAUGAAGCUAUCAUGCAUCCAUAUAUCAAUGUCUGGUACGACGAAAAUGAGGUCAAUGCGCCUGCUCCUGACCCAUAUGACCACUCUGUGGAUGAGAAAGAGCACACAGUAGAACAGUGGAAAGAACUGAUAUAUCAGGAGGUUAUGGAUUUCGAGAACAAGGAGAGGCAACUAGGCUCUGCUAUGCAAAACCACACAGGAACAGAUGGUGCUGCCAACAGUAAACCACCAGCAGCCGACGGUGUUGCGAAGGGAUCGCCCAGCAAAAAUCGCCAACGAUGACCUCGUGUACAUAGAACUCAGUUGUAAAAUAUUUUAUAUUAGAGGCAUAAUUUAUUUGGUCUCCGUCUUGUGCCAUGUAUGCAUGAGUGACUUGGAUUUGGGGAUCGCUGACAGGUAGGGGAAACAGCCGUCAUGAAGUGUGGAGUUCUAUGCUUUAGAUAGGAGUUACCUCCCCUCCUGUGAGGUGGGCAUAUAUGAUGUUGUGAUGGGAACUGAGGUGUAACAUUCGGAUGCAGAUUCACAGUUCUGUCCAUGGAGUUGGUGUAACUAAUUGUUGUAUUGUGUGAUUGUUAUUGAUGUUGGAAUGGGACAUCGUGAUGGCCCCUUGAGUGCGGGUCUCGUCCAGUGCUGUGGUUGACUGGUGCACCAGGCUGUCAGUGCUAACGCUGACCUCUGCUGGCCCAGGACGGAGCUUCCAUGUUACAUACCAGUGUAAGAUGGGUGUUCACUGACAUAUCACAGAGGGGUACCCAGACAUCUACCUCUUCCCAACCAAUACACACUUAGAUGUAGUUAGGUUAAAACAACAUUCAAGCAGGUGGUAGAUAGCAGAAUUCCUUGCCAUGUUGUAGAUAUGUCCAAGAGAACUUGUCAUGGAGUAUAUAGUCAAUAAAGGAAGCUGGUCUUCAAACACCUCACCACUUCUAGAACAGAUUUUUAGUGAAAAUAAUUUUUGUACUAUACCUAUUCUUGUUUUAAGUGGGUGAAAGGUUGUUCCUUUGUCUGUUGGAAAUUUUGGUCUGAUUUUAAAGGUAACGCUGAAGUGUGUCUCCUUACAUAAUAUUUUGAAAAGUGAUGUUCAACGUGUUUGCUAAAACAGACUGUGAAGGGCAUCACACUGGCAUGCAGUCUUUUAGGUGGGUUCCUCUAUAAGAGCUUUGAAGGUUUAAUGUUACCUAUGGGAAGCUCUAUAUAAGACGUGGUCUUAUUUUUAUUUUACUAUAAAUGAAAUGCCACCAAGAUGACAUCUAGACAGUCUGAUAUGGCCAGAAUUUUGUUACAAAUAUGUGUUAUUAUCAUAAUAAAAUCAUCAAGUGUAGAAUUCACAUCACUGGCACAAUCACAUAAUACUGACAGUACAUGAAUUGUAGAAAUGUAUAUGUUGAGACAGAUUUGGAAAUAUUAAAUUAUAAAAUAAUUGGUAGACAGUAUUUGAUUGAACAGACUGCCUGAUGACACUAUUGACUGGGUGUGUAAUAUAGAUGUGUAUCUAUACAGUAUAUAUGUGUAACAUAUCAGUGGUGCGUUGGUGUUGAUCUUGUAGAUUUGUCUGUGGUACAUUGUGUGAGAGGAUUGAAUCCGAGAGCGGGAGGGAUUGUCAUAUAGCAGAGCCAGCAAAACUGACAUAUAUUAAACCUGAUUUCUUUACCUUCACAUAUGGGCUCAAUUUCCACAUUGUUGUACAGUUAUCGCUUUAUGCACCAUUUAUAUAUGUAUAUCUGUAACUAUGAAGAGAUCUUUUAAAGUGGUCUGUGAUUGGUUGAACUCGAGUACAUUCAUAUUUUAGUUAUUGCUGUGAAGCUGUUGGACCAUGUUGUUGUGGUCAGACCGUAAUGUCCCACUAGUCAUUGUCCUGACCCCAGUCUGUAGACCAGGCCUCAAGCUGUCAAGCUGUCUGUGCAAUGCCAGGCUGACCUGCUUACAUCAAGCCACAGUUCAAGACACUAAUUGCUUACAUGUAGUUUUCAUGUUCAUUAUUAUCAUUUUUAUCCAUGCUUUGAAAAUAGCACAAUCAGGUGACCUUGGUUACCAUAGAAAAACCAAUCACUAGAUCUAACCAAGGUAAAACUACUCCUUUGAAUUGUUCCAGUAACUAGAAUCAUUUCCUUAAACAUCAGUUAAGAUUUUCAAAGUUUUAACAAAAUUUUUUUAUGAUUGGCUUUUGUCAGUGUGAUGUUUGUGUUUGAUCAGUUAAAGAAAAAUGUUGGAUGAUUGCAAUAACAAUCAUGUACGGAUACAAUGACAUAAUAUUAGAUCUAUGGUGCAAGGAAUCUCUUUUUAUGAAGGUAAAAAAUUUUAUUUUAUCAAACAUUUUUAAACUUGACCUUGGUAUUUUUUAAAAUUUUUUUGAUAUUGUUUCAGAGAUGAAUUAGUGUGUGUAAAACCAAUCUUUUGAAGGAAAAAAUAACCCUGACUUGUGUAAUAAGGUUUGUAACUCUUGAUCAAAGCUGUUUUCGUACUGUUUUUAUUUUUUUUUAUAUUUUAUUAGUUAUUUGCUUCUUACAUAAAAUCUUUUUUGUAAAAAUCAGGUUGAAUAGAACACUUCAACAGCCACAAUAGUGAACUUCAUGAACUUGUACAUCUAUGUAACUUCAAUACCUGUCUAACAAGACAGGCCCAAUUGUUAGUAAACCCUCCAUACUCAUGCAACAUUCUUUGUUGCUGCUGUUGUUAGGGCUUCACACCCGAGCUUGCAUUCCAGUAAUAGUGUCAGUGCAAAACUGAAGAUGAAUCAGAGGUAAACUAAUGCGGAUUGAGCUGUAAAUGUAGUCAAGUCUAAAAUCACCUGCACUUGUACUUUGUAAUGGUAUUUGUGUUUGUUGUUUUUAGUUUGUUCGGCAUUCCAGACUUAUUAUGGCUAUGUCAGUGUUAUGACCUAAUGGAGUGAUGUCGGUUUUACCAUCAUUAUUGUAAUUGCUGACAAUACGUAACGUGUAGUUGAGUAUUCAUUUCAAUUCCUUAUACUCAGCUGAGUAAUAGCCCCUAUGAAUGUAGAUAUUUGUGCUUUUUACCUUAAGUCUUUGUAUUCUGAGGUUGGUUUCCUGUGAUUGUGAUAUAUUAAGUUGUUGAUUAUACUUUUUUUUCCUUUUUUUUUGUCUUAAAAGUUGGUUUGGUGCAUAUGUGAUUUAAGUAGCAUAAACAGCCCAGUUUUAUUGGAAGUCCAUAGAGGACUGUGUAAAGUACAGACAUGUGUACUGUAACGGUAUACGAAAUCAUGUGGUCAGCAUUGUACAACAAUGCUCAGCAGCAUAACAUGUCAGUCUACAGAGGUUUUAGCAAUAAAA